AUGGACAAGACGGCAAGAUGGACAAGACGGCAAGAUGGACAAGACGGCAAGAUGGACAAGACGGCAAGAUGGACAAGACGGCAAGAUGGACAAGACGGCAAGAUGGACAAGACGGCAAGAUGGACAAGACGAAGUAGAAUGAAGGCAACCAAAGCCAAACUGACUAUCGCGGUUUUGAGUAAUGGAACUUGCUCAACUGACUACAAAAUAGCUUUUGAAGAUGAGCGAGACAUGGAUAAAUUUUCAAGCGAGGUGUCAGGCUUUCUGGCUCAGGUUUCAAGCAUCUCAGAGAUAAUAUCAAGGGAUCAGAUGAAGGUGGCAUUCUUUGGACGAACCAGCAAUGGAAAGAGCACUACAGUUAAUGCCAUGCUACAAGAUAAGAUCUUACCAACGGGAAUGGGCCAUACCACAAAUUGUUUUCUCAGUGUACAUGGUUCAGAUUUACCAGAUCCAUAUAUCUUGCUUCCAGGGAGUGAUGACAAAAAGAAUGUGAAGUCAUUAGGUCAACUUGCCCAUGCCUUGUGCAAAGAGAAGCUUGAUCCUAGCAGUCUUGUUCAAGUGUUCUGGCCAAAGUCCAGAUGUAAAAUGUUGUCAGAGGAUGUUGUUUUAGUGGAUAGUCCUGGUAUAGAUGUGAGCCAUGAUCUUAACCAGUGGAUUGAGAAGCACUGUUUGGAUGCUGAUGUGUUUGUCCUGGUUGCUAAUGCUGAGUCAACACUUACAGUUGCGGAGAAAACCUUUUUACACAAAGUUAAUCAGCGUCUUUCAAGACCAAACAUCUUCACUCUAAUGAACAGAUGGGAUGCAGCUGCAUUGGAACCUGAUAUGAUGGAGCUGGUGAAAGAUCAACAUCUCAGUAGAAACAUCAGUUUUCUUGUUGAUGAGCUCAAGUGUGUAGACAAAGGACAUGCAGAAGACAGAGUGUUUUUUGUCUCUGCUAAAGAGACCUUAAUGACCAGAAUGCAGAAUCACCAAGGAAUGCCUCAAGGAGGUGGUGCUAUUCAUGUUGAAGGAUUUCCUGCUCGACACCUGGAGUUUGAGAACUUUGAACGCAAAUUUGAGGAGUGUAUUACCAAGUCAGCCAUUCAAACCAAGUUUGAAUCUCAUGCAGUCAGUGGAUUGAAAAUUGCAAACACAUUAAAGGUUCUUAUGGAACAAAGAGUGGAUUCUGCAUCUCAGCAAAGAUCUAAACUGGAGGAAAUCAAGAAGAAGCAAGAGAAUAGACUGGAAUAUGUGAAGGAACAGCUUAGAAUUUAUACAAGUGACACUGAACGCCAGAUCAAGGAAAUCACCUCUAAAGUUCAGAGUCAGGUGACUGAGGCUAUGACAGAAGAGAUUGAUCGACUGGACGUGCUGGUGAAUGAGUUCGAUCAUCCAUUCCAUCCUCAUCCUAAGUUCCUCGAAACAUACAAAAAGGAGCUGUGCAAUCACAUAAAGAGUGGCUUGGGAAGGAAUAUGGCGGCUUGUUGUUCAACUUUUCAAACUCAGGUGAUUUGUGAGGCACAAAAAGAAAUGGCAGAUCGCCUUCGUAGUCUUUUGCCCGAAACACCAGAGGUAUCUCUUGAGCCCGGCACUCCAGCUCUUGAUUUCCAAGCGAACUUCGAACUGGAUGUGCCCCGUCUGUGCACUGAUUUUCGUGAAGAUAUCGAGUUUCGCUCCUCUCUUGGCUGGCAAGCGAUUUUGAGGAAGUUCUUGGCGCCUCGUAAUACAAGACUAGCCAUCGCUUUGGGAGCGAAUAUUCAGCGAAAGGUGCAGAGCUUGGUACCUACCGGACCAGCUGUGGUACUAGGGUUAGCUUCACCAACGAUUUCCACCGGUACACUGGCAGUCAUAGUGGGAGGACUGAUUUGGAAGACUGUAGGAUGGUGGUUCAUGGCUUUGUGUGGGGGGGUAUACAGUGGAGUACAUGUAAUUGAGAGGGUAUGUUGGACCGAUGGUGCUAAAGAGAAAGCUUUCAAACGACAGUUUGUGGAUUACUUUUCUGAAAAGCUUCAGGCAGAAGUCAGUGUCAUUAGCGCCAAGUGCAGUGGACAAGUGCAACAAGAACUGACCUCAACCAUCGCGAAGCGUGGCUCUCAGGUUCAGAGAGAAAUGAAAAAUUUGAAAGGAAGCAUCCUCGAACUGUAUAAAGAAAUAGAAAGGCUCAAGAAAAUGGAAAAUGAUGCGAAAAUAUUAAGGAACGAAGCAAGUCGGUUGGAAAGCGAACUGUCCCAAUUCAUCACCGAAUUUGGUUUGGAAAAGAGCAAGAUGUGAAAGGAUGUCUUCUUGAAGUCCUAAAACUUCCGAAAAUAUAGUCUGUAGCUUGUGUAACUAGAAAGUUUUGGUUGGUCAAUGAAGAUUUAUGCGGCCGAGCGGUAGUUUGUUCCUUCACAUUCCCGUCGUGACUGGCGCGGUUCUGUCUACCAAAACUGCCCCAAAACUUUUAGUUGCGCAGGCUUUAUCAUCCCUAUCUCCUUUUUUAGGUUUUAGGGUAAUUUAGUAUUAUCAACCAAGUUGACAACGUAAUUUGUACGGGUGGCCGUCAUCGCCAAAAUUUCAGACAAAAUAAGUUGUUUGUAAUAAAUAGAAGUGGUUUAAUUGUCUUUAGGAGAACAGUUUAUCUUAUUUUAAGAGAUUUUGUCUAAAUUACAAAUGGACUAUUAACGACUGCUAGGACGCAUAUAUUUUUUCGUCUUUUUACGUCCGGCAGAUGGACUGAGAAAAUCACAGAUUGAUCAGUCUUCCUUGUGUACGUAACUAUUUAGUUUUUUAGGAUAAUUUAGCAUUGUCAACCAAGUUGACAACGUAAUUUGUACGGACGGCCGUCACCGCCAAAAAUACAGGCAAAAUAAAUAGUUUGAAAUAAACCAAAAUGCAUGGUCUGAUUGUCUUUUGGAGAACGGUUUAUCUCAUUUUAAGAGAUUUAUAUAAAAUACAAAUGGACAAGUAGCCUUUGGUGAAUGGCAUUUCAGAAACUG